AGCUAACCCUAAUUGUGUUGACGCGAAGAAAUGAACUCUCGGUUCGUUUCUCUUCUCUGUUCUAAAGCGACCUCUCAUCUUCAUCACUGUCUCUGAAACAGUCCGAGUUAAAAUUUCUUCGUGAUAAGUUCUAUAAAUUCAAUCAAUCUGGGGUUUGCAUCGGUGAGUCCGUGUAUUUGUGUUCUUUAAAUUAAUGGCGAAGCUAUGAUCUCUUCUACGGACAAGCCUCUAGCCGAGGAUUUAUCCAACGAGUACACACCUCCGAGGCUGCUAAGAACCAAGGAGAUCCCGAACGUUUGUAAAUGAUUUUCGUCUCGCUGCAAGAAGUUCUAACGAAGCUGGUUUUGGUGGAGUGGAGAUCCAUGGAGCACACACAUACUUGAUCGACCAUUCAUGAAGGACAAUGUUAAUGACCCUGACGCUUAUGGUGGAUCUCUCGAGAACAGAUGCAGAUUAACAAUAUAAUCUGAUUUUACAGUUUAUUGGCUAACUCAUCAAUUCUUGCUGAUUUGAAGGCUGGCAGCUGUUCUUCUAGGGUCAAAGUGGAUUGCUCAGAUUCUUUCAAACUUACACCUUCAUCUGAUCAAACCAUGUGUUGUUCGCAGGAAUCCAGGAUAUUAGCUAUAUCAGUUCACAUUAUCCAUCAAGACCCAAACUGUUCAUAUUAUAUGGGUACAUCCAAUUUCUUCCCACAAAGGUUAGGUGUAUGAACUUGAGGAGUAGAGGUUCAUCAAGCCUUGCUCCCAUUGUUGAAGACAUUUCUGCACUUGAGAGGGAGAUUGUGAGAAGAAGAAGGGAAGAAGAGCAACAGGCUCACAUUCAGAGGUUGGGGUUUGACAUGGAGAACCUGCCUCAAGAGGACAGGAACAGAAAGAGGAUGAAGGAGGACUUGCUGAUAUGGUAGAAGAUGAAGUUCUCAAUGAGGAAGGGAACGUAGAAGUCAGCAAUGCUCAAGAUGAUGAGAUUCCUAGUAACGAAGGAGUUGAGCUACCAGGGGAAGAAGUGAAAGAAAAAAAUAGAAGAGGACCAACAAAGAUGCGCAGAGUGGCUGAAAAUCCUAAUGAAAAGGUUGCGGUCACAUUCACUGACUUUGGUGAGCAUGUUGGACCUGGUUCAGUAACACUAUCAUCUUUUCUUGGUCCUCUUGUGAGGGAACAUGUUCCGGGGAGGUUUAACUUGCAAGAAGAGUGGCAUAAAGCUGUUAUUUUCAAGCAGUUGGGAAGCUUGUGGAGGGCUGGGAAGUCAAGGCUAGUGUCACAAGUACGGGCAGCGAAGACUGCUGCUGAGAGAUUAAAAUUAAAACCCAGCAACGUUCCAUCCAUUCAAAUGUGGAACACUUGGGUUAGGAGCAAGACUACCUCAAGUUUCACGGAAAUAAGUAAUAGGUACCGAGAGCUGAGAAAAAAUCAGAUUCCCCAUACCACCAGCCGCAAAGGAAUGAUUCGUUUAGCUUAUUAUAUGAAAAAAGAGUCAAGACCCGAAAAAGUGAGUUGGAGUAAGGUAUGGAUUGCGGGACAUACUCACGCUGAUGGUAGACCCGUGAAGCCUCAAUAUGCUGAGACUAUUGAACAAAUCCAGUCACUUGAUAGUCAAAUGGACUCUACAUCAGCUGCUGAUAACAUAAGGGAGGAUGCUGUCACCAAGAUUUUGGGAAAAGACAAACCUGGACGAGUAAGGGGGUUUGGUAGAGGGAUUACGGCUACUAAACUAGCAUUCCUGCAAUCUAGAGACGCAAAGAUUGCUGAUAUGGCUAGUGAGAUUGAAGAGUUGAAGGGCAUGGUCCGAGAGUUAGCUGGAAAGAAGAAAACUAAUGGUGAGACUGAAACAUCUGAGACAAGUGCUGGAUUCAAAGAAGGAGUGAGAGUACAAAUACUGGAUUGGUUUGAGUCAGAAGAUGUAGUUGUUGGUGAAGGAGAAUUUUGCUCUGAUGAACCGAUGUACAAAAUUGGUCGUGUGCCUAUUGGUCCUAAUGCAGUGGCUGUUAUUGUUAAGUCCGCAUUAAUCUCGGAAGCUUUUCUCUGGAGGCCUACGACAGAUGUAUUAUCUCUUGAGGACGCUGUGGGAUGCAAAGUAGCUUGGCCAAUAAAUAAAGUGGUUUUGGACAGGAAUCCAUUAGCGUCUCAAGAUGUAUCGAUGCAACACAAGGAAGGUGAAACUCGAAGAUGCAAAAUCUAUGACUGGACUUCAGAAGAAGAAGAGGUUAUUGCUGAAGGUCUCCUGUGCUCAUCUAAUUCCAAAGAGAUGGUUAACAAUAUACCUCUGGGUCCAAAUGCGGUGAGCAUUGAAGUGGUGAAGGUGUUUAAAGAUAAUGCUCAUUUGUGGAGGCCAACUGCGGAGAUGUAUUUGAUUGGUGAUGCAAUUAACGAGAAAAUCGCAUAGCCACUCCUCAAGUUUGAAAUUAUGGCUUCGAUCACUACAGCUGCAACACCUGCAAAACCUGCAGCCACGAAAACAGCAUCACCUACCAAACCAGCAAAGAAAAAAACAAUGAGUCCAGGCAGCACUAGUACCACCAAAAGUGCAAAGCAGAAGUGUAUUCUCUUCAACUGCAGCAACACCGGACGUAAGGUAGCCGAAGGAAGAGUGGCUUCAACAGAUCCGAAAGAGCUGUGUCACUUUGUGCCCCUGGGUCCAAAUGCAAGCAAGGUGUGGGUUGAAGUGGCUAAGAUUGGUGAUGCAAAGGUGUGGAGGCCAAAUUCAGAGAUUGAAUACAUCUCUGAUGCAAUAGGUUCAGUUGUGGCAUGACCAAAUGAUAAACUGAAGUUGGUGUGAAAGUCUGAAACAAUGUAUCUCUAGUUGUGUUUUUUUUUCUCGACGGCUCUAGUUGUAUUUCUAGUUUGAACUUAUGUGAAGUUAUGUGUAAUAUUUAUGUGUGAUAUUAUGUGUAAGUUCACAAACAAAAAACAAAUAUUAUGUGUAAUAUUAAGAUAUAAUCUUGUGUACUG